AUGGAGGGGACAGAUGGACCCUCAGCCCCACAGGGACAUGGUGGGGACAAAGGGACCCCCAGACCCACAGGGACAAGGGGGGACAGAGGGACCCUCAGCCCAGCAGGAACAUGGAGGGGACAGAGGGACCCACAGGGACAUGGAGGGAACAGAGGGACCUCAAAUCCCAAGGGACAUGGAGGGGACAGAGGGACCCCCAACCCCACAGGGACACGGGGAGAAAGAGGGAUCCCCAACCCCACAGGGACAUGGAAGUGA